GGAAGAGCAGCGAGCAGUGAUGGACUUCAACAAAAUGAAUUUUUAUCCGCAGCUUUAGCUAAAUUAUUUGUGCAUAUUUGGAAGAUCAACGGUUAAAAUCGCCUCGUGUCUAUUUCUAUUUUAAUGUUGACGUUACGUGCAAAUAAAGUUGAAGUUUGUAAGCUAGUGAGCUACAUGAGUGGCUCAGUGCUUGUGUACCAUGCAGGAAGAGCCAGAGACGAGGCGGUUUGAUCCGUCUGUGGACAGUCACAGGCCCGCAUCAGGAAAGUCUCAGGACAUUUCUCAUGUGUUAGCAAGCACUUUCAAGGCCCUUUACACAAAAGACAUCCUUGGGAAAGACACUUUGUCCAACCUUAUCAAGACGAAGAGUGGACGGAGCAGCUACCAUGACAGAUAUGUUGAAGAGCUUCAACAGGCUCAUUCUGAAUACAGCCGGUGUAUGAAAGAGGCUGACAUGCUGGAGAGCCAUAUAAUUAAGGCCAGAGCUCGGGCUGCAGCCACAGAAAGCCAGGCCUAUGAGAGAAUGAAAGAGAGGAUGGGAGAUGUUUAUGAUCAUCAGGGCCUCCUUACAGUCCAAUCAGCCUUUUCCUGGUGUGUAGACAAAGAUCUUCUCAAAUUGAACAACCUGAUUUCCCCCGAGGACUACUUAACUACACCAAAACUCCAAGUGGAAACACCAACAGCAAUAAAAUUGGAUCCUGCAAGACCGACCAUCGCCCACACCAUGCACGUGUCCAGGGAGCCGCAGGAUGAUGGGUAUACUCAGAUUCCCAGAGCAGAAGAGAGUGUAGCAGAAAUGAACCAGUCAGAUCUCAGCCAGACCUUUGACUCCAGCUCUGAUACCCCAAAGAGCAAGAAAACUCCCAGGGAGAGGCCGACCCAGACCAAACCCAGACCAAAGUGGAAGGAUGAGCCAAGCGCAAAGGAUCGGGCAGAUGGAUGGGAAAAACUUCAGAAGCUGAAAGAUCGACACAACUUCCUCCGCAAUCCUCGCUUCCUUCCUCCGAAUGCGCAGCAGGGUGGCACAUCCCUCAUCCGGCCCAAAGUGGGGAAGACAGAGCAUGUGAGGAAAGGGAUGGAGGAGCAGAGCGCCACUGAUGAUCCUUUCCCAGUGUUCCUAGCAAAACCUUCAGUGGUGGUUUUCUCUGACUACAGCGUGGGACAUGUUUAUGAGACUACACUGGAGCUGAAAAACUUGACUUCCGCAAGCCGACAUGUCCGAGUCAUCCCUCCUACCACUCCUUACUUCUCUAUUGGCCUCGGGCGAUUCCCCGGCGAGGGGGGUGUUGUUGCCCCAGGGAUGAGUUGUAAGUACACAGUGCGCUUCGCUCCUGACUCCCUGGGGGACUACGAGGACUUCAUAGUGGUGGAGACCCAGGCCGAACACCUGCUUGUGGUGCCCAUCGCGGCCAGGCGACCCCCUCCAGUACUCACCUUGCCAAGAGUUCUGGACUGUGGUUGUUGUCUGAUUGGAGGAGUAAAGUUUGUUGAGUUCCUGUGUCAAAAUGUUGGUCUCAGCGCUGGGACCUUCUGCAUCAUCCCCAAGAACCAGUGGCCAGCUUCCAACCUCAGGUCUGUUGCUAGAACUUACUUCUCUGAGCUGCCACCCUUUGCUGUCAGCCCGUCUCUUUUUGUGUUGCAUCCAGGGGAGGCCAUUGUAGUGGAGGUGGUUUUCUUUCCCACCACUGCUGAGAAGAGCUGUCAGGUUUUCACUGUUGUGUGUGACAACUGCCAGGUGAAAGACAUUUCCAUUGAAGGGGAGGGCCAGCUGAUCGCGCUUGAGCUUGUGUCUGUAUCUGGGAGGAAGGAGCCUCCUGUAGUAGGAGAGGUGCAUGACCUCACGGCAGAGCAUGUUGUCCGUUUCAGCCCGUGCAACCCUCACUCUGUGCAACAUAAAAAACUCAUCAUUAGAAACAAUGUCCACCUGGAGUUGCCUUUCCACUGGCGGAUCAUGAAGCCCAACCUGCACCCCCUGCUUCCAGGUGAAACCCCAGAGCCCUCCCAUAUCCAGUUCCACCUGGCCACAGAUGAUAUUUUCAGCAUCAGCCCUGUAACAGGGGUUCUGGCCCCCUGCCAGGAAGAAGAGUUUCUGUUCACCUUCUGUCCAAAAGAGUUGAAGGAUUACCACAGUGUCUGUCACUUAGUCCUGAGGGAUGUCCCCCAGCUGCCACCAGAGCCCAGUGACAAUGGUGUCCUUCAGCCUGUGCGCCCUCGCUCCAAGGUGAGCGAUGUCAUCGUCAUGGAGAUCGAGGUCAAGGGGUCAACAGAGCCGUACCAGGUCCUUCUAGAGCCCUAUGCUGUUGUAAUCCCUGGAGAGAUUUUUAUGUGCACAACCACCCGCAGGCAAUUCAAGAUGUGGAACCACAGCAAAACCUGCAUCUUUUUUCAAUGGGAGAGGAAGAGCAGCAUCCACAUCAUAGAAGUAGAGCCCUCUACUGGGAGAAUAGAGGAGAACGAGUGUUUUGAUUUCGACCUGAUUGUGACUGGAGGGAAGCCGGAGAGGGUUGUGACCAGUCUGGUUUGCCACAUAGAGCACCGCCACGAGCCUGUCACUUUGGCCGUGGAAGUCUCUUUUAAGGGUCCCAUAGUGACCCUCAGUGUCCCCAGUGUGGACUUUGGGCUCAUAAAGCUUGGGGAGCAGACACAGACCACGCUGCUCCUCACUAAUGUCACCCAGCUGGAGGCUUCCUGGGUGCUGAAGGAGAGGCAGGACCACCAAGGCACACAGAUCUUUGUGGAGCCACACAGAGGUGUGCUGCCCCCCUUGGCCUCUUGCAGUGUGGAUGUGCUAUUUAGGCCACAUUUCUGCCAGCGAUAUGAAUCACAGCUGGAGCUGACAGUGGAGAAUGGAACGGGAUGUCUCCUGUCGGUGCGAGCAGAUGUGCAGUCUCCCCAGGUGUGUCUGCUCAACUGCGAGCUGCUUCUUUCUGAGCUCUACAUCGGAGUCCCUGCCAAAGCAACCGUCACUCUUUUCAACCAGACUCUGCUGCCUUCACGCUUCAGCUGGAUGGAGCAGCUCCAGGGUAAACAGGCUGAACUGUGUGCAGCCAGUUUUGACCCCUCAUCUGGUACUCUGGGGCCUCAUGCCAGUUUGGAGAUCACAGUUAAAUUUACCUCUCACACAGAUCUGGAGCUGACUGAGGUGGCCGCUCUCUGUGAGGUCCAGGAGAUGAACUCUCCUCUUGUUCUUAGCAUCAUGGCUUCCAAAACUAAGAAACUCAGCGUGUCCUACUCGCUGCCUAGUGUCCGCUCUGCCCCAGAUGAUAACUCCUCACCCCUGUUACUUGACUUUGGAGACGAUGUCAUUUUGAAGAGAGCCGUUACUAAGCAGUUAUUGAUAUCCAACCAAACUGCCGUCCCCGCCUCUUUCACCAUAGAGGCGGAGUAUUUCACCGGCCGUGCCUCAAAGCCAAAUAACCAGUCAGAGAAAAGAUUCAGAUAUGACAAGAGGCCGCUUCACUCUCUUCAAGCUCAGAAGAUAGAGGAAAAAGCACAUGAGGAGUUUGUGAGCAGCCUGCUGGCUCAUGGAAAAGGUGCAGCUUUCUUUGCACUACCAGACACUGGGACGCUGGGACCUUUUGAGACCCAGACCGUGGAUGUCACUGCCUACACUGACAUGUGGGGGGAAUACAGAGAUCACCUCGUAUGUAAUGUGGGAGACCUUGAGCCUGCACUCAUUCCCAUGCAGAUGACAGUGAAAGGCUGCCCGCUCUACUUCCAAAUGACGGGCCCUCGUCCAGAUGGCCAGGGACCAAUCAUACAGUUCGGCACUCAUGUAUCUGGAGGCGACACGGUGUCUCGUCUUCUUCGCAUCAACAACCCCACCAUGUUUGAUAUUCGCAUUGACUGGGAAACAUACAACGUAGAUCCGAAUGACCAUAAACUGGUGGAUGUUGUGGUGGCGUAUGGAGACGCCUUCCCGGUUAAAGAUGCCGAUGGCAAUAAGGUGUUGAGUGGAGCAUUAAGGAUUUCUGAUGGGAACGUUCAAACAGCCUGGGAAAGAAAUCAGAGCCCGAGCUCUGAGGGAACGAGCGCCUCCCUCCAAAGCGUGACUGAUGGGGAAGGAGAGGAAUAUAUAUCUGACUGUGAAGAAGAAGACACCUGUCUUUAUCCCUCUCCUGCAAAGACAAAACUCUGCUCUGUCCACAUCAGACCUCAUGUGGGCAACCUCUCAGAUUACCCAUACUGCAUCACACCUCAGCAAAUAGUGAUACCAGCUAAAAGUAGCGGUACAAACCAUGUAUCUUUUACUCCCCUCACUCUUUCCGGGUCAGUUUGCGAGUCCAGAUGUGUGGGCUUGGCUCUGGGCUUCAUGAGUCUGGACUCCGAGACGGCUGCCUGUGUCCCAGGUAAAGUUGGAAGAGCUCAGGGUUUAGAUUUGGAGCCUGUCAGAGUGGAUCUACUAGCAGUCGUAAGGCCUGCAGUGCUGUUGGUGCAGAUGGAGGAGGAUGAAGGGGUGCUAGAGUUUCGUGCCUCAGCCGGUGAUUUAAUGAGGGAAGAAUCAGAGAAGGAGCUGGCAGUGCACGAAUUUGACAUCACACAGACUCUUCAGCUGAAAAACAACUCAGAAAUGCUCCUACACUUCAGACUAGGGUGUCAGCCUCCAUUUUUAGUGCUCAAGCCGCAGCCUCGAGCCCGGACCAGUGCCUCCAGCAACCUGCCUGCUGGUGACAGUCAGUCUCUGGUGCUGAAGCCACAACACAGCAUGCAGGUGAAGGUGGCCUUCCACUGCUCCCUGUCCCUUCUGGACCAUGCAGACCAGGCAGAUGAGGACGUCCCUCCUGGGGUGACACUGAUCCACAGUGCAUGUGGGCAGAGGACGCUGAGGUUCCAGCAGAACCUCCUGAUUCUCUACAGCAACAGCACCCUGCAGACAGUGCCGCUCUGUGCACAUCUGGAUCUUGCCACAAUGCGUCUGUCCAGUGACGGCCUCAACUUUGGGUUCUGCUACAUCGGUCAGACGCAGACAAUAGAAGUCAACCUCUACAGCCAUGGAGCCCACACAUACUGGAAAGCAAUUAUAGAGUCCGAUGAAGAAGACUCCCAUGCGUUCAGAGUGACACCAGACUUUGGGCUUCUCAGGUCCAAGGAGCUCCAUGUUAACCGCUAUAGCCAGUGUCUUCAGAUCAGCUUCACUCCCAGUGAGGACAGAGCGUUCAGGGCCAUUGCAGUAAUCCAGUCUCCUCUGGUGAAGAACCCCCUCAUCCUGCAGCUCCAGGGAACGGGAUCCUUUGAUGAGGCGCACAGCUCUAACUAGGCAUCCUAAUAAUAUCAGUCACCACCUGCUAUUUAACCUGCUCUCCUUAAAUCAACUUAUUUAUAGUCCUUUUGUAAGAAUGGAAAUAAAUAUAAAGGACAUAUAAAGAAGAAGUUGUAACUGGUUUUCUAUCAAGAUGGUUUAAAGUAGAUAUUCAUAAGAUCCUCAUUGAGAUACAGGCACUAAAACUCUGCAUGUUUACAUAUUAAUGAAGUAUUUACGCAGUUAAAUAUUAAUGUGAGUUGUGAUGAAACAUGUAGCUCAACACACUUAAUCACCAUCACCAUCAUUUAUGUUACAAAGAUGUAUUUAGCCUAAUGUACAACAGCCUUAGCUUAGUGGCAUGUGAUAAUAAAGGUUAUCAAAACCUCA